AUGUAUAGGGUUCACUCUCAAAUCCUUCUCAGCAAUGGUGCCAACACCAACCCCCCUAUUAUCUCUCCGUAUUCUUCUUCUUCUUCUUACACUUCUUCACCCUCGGUACCUUAUGUUUCUAACCACCAGAAAGAAUCAGCUUUAUCCCCAACUUCUUCAUCUGGGAAUAAAAUAAGCCCUGCAAUUCUUUUCAUCAUAGUCGUUUUAGCUGUGGUGUUUUUCAUCUUGGGCCUCCUUCACUUGCUUGUUAGAUUUAUUAUAAAGCAGAGGUCUUCUAAUUCAUCAAUUUCCCAAUCAAAUAGAUACCCUGACAUGUUCGAAUCAGAUGCUUACCAGAGACAGUUACAGCAGCUCUUCCAUCUUCAUGAUUCGGGACUGGAUCAGGCUUUCAUAGAUGCUCUCCCUGUCUUUUUUUACAAAGAGAUUAUAGGCUUGAAAGAGCCAUUUGAUUGUGCCGUUUGCCUCUGUGAGUUCUUGGAACAAGACAAAUUGAGAUUGCUGCCUGUGUGUAACCAUGCUUUUCACAUUGAAUGCAUAGAUACAUGGUUGUUGUCCAAUUCAACUUGCCCUCUCUGUCGAGGGACUCUGUAUUCACCAGGCUUUGCCUUUGAGAACUUAGCUUUUGACUUUGAAAGUCAACAUGAGGAAGAUGGGAUGUCAGGCAGUGGUGUAGGUGGUCUUCGAGCUGGUUCUUUUAACAAAACUGUAGAAAGUCACAUAGUGAAUGGGAAAAGGGUGUUUUCUGUUAGGCUUGGAAAGUUUAGAAGCACUAAUAAUGGAGAUGGGGUGGAGAGAAGUGAAGGCGAGAGCAGUAGCGGUAAUUUGGAUGUAAGGAGAUGCUAUUCAAUGGGGUCUUUUCAGUAUGUGGUGGGUGAUUCAGAUCUGAGAGUGGCUUUAGGCCCUCCGAGAGGCGAUGGAGGGAGCAGUGACAGCAUGAGACAACUGAAGGGAAGAGCAGCCCCAAAUGGAAGUUCUUUCAUUGAUGGGGAUGUUGAGGGAAAGAAAAUCAGCAUUGCAAGGAAAGGGGAAAGCUUUUCUGUUUCCAAGAUCUGGCAAUGGUCCAGGAAAGAUAAGUUGACAGGUUCAUCUGAUACUCACUUCCAUACUUCAACUUUGCCAUGGAUGAAUAAAGCCCGAGUGACAGAACUUGUAAAUUGUGCCAUAAACGUAAUCAGGCAAUGCCCUUUGAACGAGAGAAUUAAUCUUGAGUCAGUUUCUUUGAAGGAGAAGGGGGAUGAAAGUGAAGUCAAAUUGGGGUUGCUUUUUGGAUGCUGUGGUUUUCUCUUAGAGGCUUGGUUGCUUUUUAGCUUUUUUGGGUUAGAAAGAAGUGAAAGUUACAAAGGGAGGAUUCUAUUCCUUGUUGUGUUGGGUGAUUCUUGUGUAAGACGACCCUCUAUGGAAGUUAUCCUUUUUGGAUGGUUUAGCAACCACAUGACACCAAAUGGGGGGGAACUGAAAUGUGGGGUGCAGCAGAUUUUCAGAUCAGGAUUGUGGAGUCUUGAGUGGAUGGUGGUAAAAAAAGGUAAAACAAAGAGAAGCGACUGCAUCGACUUCAAAUUUAAGCCAAAAAGUGGUUCAGAUGCUCCAACCAUACCUUCCUCAUUCGAAGGAAUGAAACAUGAAAACUGCACCAGUAAUUAUGGAGAGCUGGGGAAAACGAAGGAUUUUGCUCAUCGCCUUAAUGACCCCUAA